UUUAGCUCAAAGAGCUACAAGGGUGCUUGAAUGCCGCUGAGGCUUAAAACGGCUAUCGAUGGUGAUGAAAAAUUGCCUCACUGCAAAUGAUGCUAUGCUAUCAUAUGACAUUAAUUUGCUUGGCUGCGGCUAAAAGACACAGCGUAGCCAGUUUUUGAGCCCUCAGCUAGUUUUUCAGAACUCAAUUGCUCAUUGCAACCUCACGAUAUCUUCGCCACAUUAGUUGUCAAGAGUAAAAUGGGAACAGAAAGUCAAGUAAAUGCCGCGCAGGCACCGAUAGGAACGAGAGAUGAGGCCAUCGCCAUUGUAGGUGAGGAGCAGCACUCAAUUGAUCCCAUCGUCGCAGCGCGCGCCGUUCGAAAGAUUGACUUGUUUCUCAUCCCCGCCAUGAUCAUAGGCUAUGGACUUGUAUACUACGAUAAAGCCAUUCUUGGUUCAGCUGUUCUCUUCGGCAUGACGACGGAUUUGCACCUUACCAUUGUUGAUGCAUCGACUACACCGCCAACAGUUGAUACCCGUCGUUUAAGCUGGGCGACGUCACUGUUCUACUUUGGGAUGCUGGCGGGUUUGUAUCCCAUGACAUUUGCUCUUCAGAGGUUCAACAUCGGUCGUGUUCUUGGUGGUGUGGUUGUUGUGUGGGCUGCUAUUUGUAUGCUCACUGCUGCGGUGACGUCCUACCAGGGCUUAUACGUACAGCGAUUCUUUCUCGGUUUCGUUGAGAGUAUAAUCCCCACUGGGUUCAUGUGCAUCGUCUCGGGGUACUAUACGCAAGCUGAGCAGUCGUUGCGGCAGAGUUGGUGGUUCUCGUCGACUGGACUGUUCACCAUUAUUGGUGGAGCGAUGAACUAUGGUUUUGCGCAGAUUACGGGUGGUGGGUUGAAGAGAUGGCAGUACAUCUACCUCCUCGCUGGAUCACUCACCUUUUUGUUUGGACUAUUCUGCUUCAUCAUGCCGAAUUCGCCUGUAUCAGCUUGGUUCCUCACUUCUGAAGAACGAUUCGCUGCUGUUGAGCGUUUGAGACACGGACAAACCGGUGUUCGUUGCACCAAGUUUAAAAGCUCCCAACUAAAAGAAGCUAUCCUCGACGUCAAGAUCUGGCUCGUCGCACUUAUGAUGGCAUCAGCAUACACCGUCAACGGCGCAGUAAGCGGUUUCGGACCCCUCAUCGUCUCGACCUUCGGCUGGAGCACCCUCCACUCCAUCCUGUUCCAAUUCCCCCUCGGCGGACUGUGCUUCAUCGUGAUCCUCCUCACAGGCUGGCUGGGCUCCAAGUUCACCAACAUCCGUAUCUUCAUGCUCAUCUUCACGUGUCUCCCCGUCAUCGCAGGCUGUGCGAUCAUAUGGAAGAGCGAGUGGAGUUACCGCGCUGCUGCACCGGUGGUGGGAUACUCGAUCACAGGAUUCUUUGGGGGAACGGUGAGUCUGAUAAUCACUAUUGGAAUGUCGAAUGUUGCGGGUCACACGAAGAAGAGCUUUAUGGCUGCUACGAUAUUUGUGGCGUAUUGUGUGGGAAAUAUUGUUGGGCCGCAGCUAGUUUGGAGUCAGACGAAGAAGGAUCACUAUCCAGCUCUUUGGCUGGGGUUGAUUAUCUGGUGAGUCUUGUUUACAUGGUUCUUGGGUUCGUGGCUGACUGUUUUAGUUACAUCAUUUGUAUUUGUGCGUCGACUACACUGUACUUUGUUCUGAGGAAUGAGAACAAGAGGAGGGAUGCUCUGGGGCUGGGAGAUGAGAGCGAGAGAGCCAAGCUGGCGUUUCAGGACUUGACUGAUAAGGAGAACCCUUACUUCCGCUAUGUUUACUAAAAACUAGAAUAUGGCAUUGAUAGACAGGGAUAGAGAAAAGUUGCAGGGGGUUUGGACGGACCACAAUACACGAUAGAAGUUGGUCACAUAAGCAGUUCAGAACAAGAGAAUCCUACCAGCGUCAUGUACCAGCGAGCAUUGAACAGCCUUUCCAUAAAAUCAUGGCAUAUCAUUAACUACCGACAAGGUACGGAGUAUCUCAUAAACAAUCCCAUUCCCUCCCCUACUUUCGAGGGGUCUUAUUGUUCCUGAUCUCAAUAAUAAACUUCCCAGUGUUCAUACCACAGACGAAAAUCUUUGUCUUUUUGAGCUUACCCUCUACAGCUUCGAAGGGGUCUCGUUGUGGUUCUUGAUCUCAACGAUCAACUUUCCAGUGUUGAUACCCUUGUACAGAUCCACAAGAGCCUGCUCAGCAACCUUGAGACCACCACGAACAACGGUCUCCGUCUUCUUGAGCUUACCCUCCGCGAUCCACUGAGCCAGCUCAGCGCGAGCAGCGGGGAAGUCCUUGACGUGGUCGAGGACGAUGAAGCCCUGCAUUCUGAUGCGCAUGGUGACGAUCUGGGAGAAUGCUCGGGGUCCCUGGGGCUUGGCGGCGUUGUAUUGGCUGACGAGACCGCACUCGAUGAAGCGGGCGUGUUCCUUUGCUCGCAUGAGACACAUGUCGAGGAUAUCGCCACCGACUGGGACAUGUUAGUUCUGUCAUGCUUGAAAGUUAAGAGGGACUUACCAUUAUCGUAGUAGACAUCGAUAAAGUCCUUUGUCGCCUCAGCGAACUUUUCCUUAAAAUCGUCCGCCUUGUAGUUCAACGCAACAUCGAAGCCCAACUCCUCAGUGAGCCACUUGCACUUAUCAUCACCACCCGCGAUACCCACGACCCUCGCACCCUUGAGCUUAGCGAUCUGGCCUGCUACACUUCCCGUCGCACCAGCAGCGCCCGACACAACGACAAGCUCACCGGGCUUAGGGUCAGCGAUCUUGGACAUGCCAACCCAAGCAGUCAAGCUGGUCAUUCCAAGAGCAGAGAGCAUGUCCUUGGGGUCUUGGAGGCCGGGGUACAGAGACGCAGGCUCGAAACGACCUUCGGGGAGAAUGGCGAAUUCGGUCCAGCCUGUUAGGGCGGAGACGAUGUCGCCUUCCUUGGCCUGCUUGCUCUUUGAGGCGAGGACGCGGCAUGCACAUGAACCACGCAUGGUUUGGCCGAUUUGAACGGGAGGGAGAUACGAUCUCAUGUCUGAGGGUGUUAGUAAAGAUAUGUGUUACGAAGGAAGGGGGGGCGUACCUCGGAGCCAGCCCCUCAUAGCGGGGUCAAGAGAUAGGUAGAGAGUCUCAACGAGGAUUUGACCAUCUUGGAGAUCAGCUGGUGUGGGAGCUGGAGAUGUCUUUUGGGUAAAGGUUUGACCGGGGAUGAUGUCGGUAGUGGGACGCUCAGCGAGCACGAUGGAGAGGUUAUCACGGGCCAUUGUGAAACAGUUGUGUUGUGUUGUUGUUUACUUGGUGUAAGUGCUGGUGUUGGUGUAAGGUGGUGUUGUGUUGUGGAAUGUUGAGCAACAGGUUUGUGUCUCUCGAUCUAAAGUUGUAAGACAGUAGGUCGAUCUUUCCAGUAUUUAUACCAAUGGCGUAUACGUAUUUAUCUUUUUUCACGAUGAUAAACACCAAGCGUAUCACACUUCUUUCGUCCUCUGAAUAAGUAAGUAAACAAAAGAUCUAGUAAGUAGUUCCAAUCAGUCUC